AGGAGGAGGAGGAGGCGGCGACGAGGGCCACGCAUUAACCCCUGAGCAGAGAACGUGCAGGGAGAGGGUGUCCAGCACCGAUCGGUGACCGUCUCUCUGCGCCUCCCGCACCGGACCGCGUCGCUCUCGUGUUGCCGCCAGUCUGCGGGGCUGCGGCAGGACCCACCGGGCAGGACUCGCCUCUCUGGAGCCCGAUCGCUCGGCGGCGGCGGAAGGGACGUGAUAUGAACCCCUCAUCGGCUUAAACGCCUGUGCAGCUAAAUAGCCCCAUUUCAGGGGGCAGGGGGGGAGUACACAGAGGAGGCACCGAGAGGACAUUCGUACCCUUUUAACGGAAGGCCGACACCAAAACAAACACCCACGGAACCUGUAGCGAUGCCCGGGUUUGAUUACAAGUUCCUGGAAAAGCCAAAGAGACGGUUCCAGUGUCCGCUCUGCAGCAAGGCGAUGCGGGAGCCGGUCCAAGUGUCUACCUGUGGACAUCGGUUCUGUGACACCUGUCUGCAAGAAUUUCUGAGUGAGGGUGUCUUCAAGUGUCCGGAGGACCAGCUCCCGUUGGACUAUGCCAAGAUCUACCCGGACCCAGAGCUGGAGAUACAGAUCCUGGCGCUGCCCAUCCGCUGCAUCCACAGUGAGGAGGGCUGCCGUUGGACCGGCCAAAUGAAGCAGCUGCAGGACCACUUCUCCACCUGCGCCUUCAAUGUGAUACCCUGCCCCAACCGCUGCUCCGUCAAGCUGACGCGCCGCGACUUGCCCGACCACCUGCAGCACGACUGCCCCAAGCGCAAGGUCAAGUGCGAGUUCUGUGGCAGCGAGUUCACCGGCGAAGCCUACGAGAACCACGAGGGUGUGUGUCCUCAGGAGAGCGUUUACUGUGAGAACAAGUGCGGGGCGAGGAUGAUGCGUCGUCUGCUGUCCCAACACGGGUUGGCCGAGUGUCCCAAACGCACACAGCCCUGCAAGUACUGCGGCAAGGAGUUCGUCUUUGACACAAUCCAGAACCAUCAGUACCACUGCCCCCGGUUUCCUGUCCAGUGCCCAAACCAGUGCGGCACACCCAACAUCGCUCGAGAGGAUCUGGCGAACCAUGUGAAGGACAACUGCGGCAGCGCGCUCGUUCUCUGCCCCUUCAAAGACGCUGGCUGCAAACACAGGUGCCCCAAACUGGCUAUCGGGCGUCACCUGGAAGACACCACUAAGUCUCACCUGACUAUGAUGUGUAACCUGGUGGGGCGUCAGAGGCAGGAUAUCCUGGAGCUGCGGCGGGAGAUGGAGGAGUUGUCCGUCAGUCACGACGGCGUUCUCAUCUGGAAGCUCAGCGACUACUCGCGCAAACUCCAGGAGGCCAAACUCCGCAGUAACCACGAGUUCUUCAGCCCACCUUUCUACACUCACCGCUACGGCUACAAGCUGCAGGUGUCGGCCUUCCUGAACGGUAACGGCAGCGGCGAGGGCUCCCACCUCUCCGUCUACAUCCGCGUGUUACCCGGAGAGUACGACAGCUUGCUGGAGUGGCCCUUCUCUUACAAGGUGACGUUCUCCAUCAUGGACCAGAGCGACCCGUCGCUUUCCAAACCCCAGCACAUCACGGAGACCUUCAACCCCGACCCCAACUGGAAGAACUUCCAGAAGCCCAGCAGCAGCCGCAACUCGCUGGACGAGAGCACCCUGGGCUUCGGCUACCCUAAGUUCAUCUCUCACGAUGAGAUCAAGAAGAGGAACUACAUCCGAGACAACUGCAUCUUCGUCAAGGCUUCUAUAGAGAUUCCCCAGAAGAUUAUGGCUUAAGAUCCGGCAUUUGUUGAAUUUCUUUUUACGAGGGCGAUACAUAGGUUGAAGACUGGAACUGACACUUAACCUUGAAACUUCGACACACUUAUGACCCUUUAGGUACUUUCUGCCCUUAAAGCCUCUCCACCACAGAGCGAGUCUGUUUGGCUGUGUGAAAAGGACCUUGAUACAUCACGGAGGAGAAAGUGUUUGGUCAGCAAAACCAUCACACUCUGGCGUUUCUUUUUAUUAUUAUUUUUUGUUUUUGUUUCUGUUUGCUGACCUUUUAUCACAGUCUACAACAAAAAGCCUUGGAAAUCAAACAGUGCCUAGAGAGAUUAUCUUAAAUUAUAUUUGUGUUGUUAUUUCCGCAGUACAAAUGAUAAGGAUUAGGAAAAGAUAUGGAGAAAAAAACAGGGGUGAAAGGCUUCACUAAGCCUCUGCACUUGAAGAAGAGAGAACGUUAGACUCUGGUUAGAGACGUCCUUUUGGGGUGAUCUAAAGAAGACGGCGCUCAGCAGACUCAAGCCCGACUGCCUUUUGUUUACAUGCUCAUACAGUAUACUCUCAUUGAUCCGUUAACAAACACAGAGCCCGUGGUAAGAAACUGCUUCAGGUUUGUGGACACAAAAACAUGAAAUCAACGUUUUCAAGUGGGAAACUUGCAGCUUCAAUCUUGGUAGUUUUUCGUGUUUUAAAUGAAUAAUUUUACAUUUUGGUUUUGUUGACUGGGAUCAAUACUACUUUCCUGUCUGUACAACCAGCAGCCAAGUAGCUCAGCGUAGCGUAAAGACGAGAAACAGGCUGAAACAGCCAGGCUAGCUCUGUCCAAAAAAAACAAACAUCCACCGACCAGAAGCUGUAAAGCUCCCUCAUCCGCCACGUUAUGUCUCAUUUGUUGAAUCCAUAAAAACAUUGGUGACCAGAGCCAGAGUCGCUGUUUCCACCUGAUCAGUCGUAAUGCUCGGCUAAGCUAACUGGCUUCUAUGGAAAGAUAUGAGAGUGGAAUCAAUCAUCUAACACAGCGGAAACAACAAAUAAACUCAUUUUCCCCAAAUGCCAAAAUGUUCCUUAAACUAUAAUUAAACAUGCCUCUAAUAAUACAGAACAAUUCUCCAACUUCUGAGGUUUAAAAAAAUAGAAUGAAAACUGUCGAGAUCAACCAAGCUGUUUGUUUCUACCUUUUCUUUUAAAGUGGACACGUUUUUCACCUGACAGCAUUGAAGCUACACAUCUGUCUCCUCCAGCUAACUGUCCGUGACUUGUGUUUGUCAGUAGUGCGACCCAGUCGUAAAUAGCUUCUGGAGCAUGCUCAUGUAGCAAACACACACUUCAUAGAGACCCUACGAGGCUCCGUGUCUAUUGCGGAGCUCACCAAUACGGGAAAAAAGCACCUUUCGCUGGUCUUAAGAUGAGCAGAGCAGACAAAGAGGCCAGUUGUUGGACGCGUGCAUUUAAUAGUGAAGAAAAAGCCAUGCGGCCUUUUUAUACCGUAUGUCUUUGCAUGAGGGUUUUAGGGGUGAGCAGGGCAUCAUAAACACAUGCAUGCUUCAUGUGCUACCACCUGGACCACAUCUUUGUACUGUAACCUGUAUUCUUGAAGUCCUCUCCCGUUGAUGGCUAUUUUGUCUCUUUCUUUUGUACCGUUUGAAAGUUGACGAAUUGUCAAAAAGUGUGUUUUUUGUUGUUGUUGUUUUUUUUAUAUAAUGAAAAUGUGAACGCUGUUGGUAAUAACCUAUAAAAACAUGAACACUUGGCUGUGAAGUGUAUUGUUUUACAUCACCUUGGCACGGGUGUUCGGUACUAUUUGAAAAGAUGGUUAAUGGAAUGGUCUCUGCUAAUAAGUGGGUGUCUCGGGACUGACUACACCUUGUGUUGUUACCAUGGUCACCUGUGUGUGUCUUCAGCUCGGCACACAGUGCGGUGAUGGGUAGCGGUUGGAGGGAUGUGAGAUGUACCCGUCUCCAUCACAGCAUCAUCAGAGGGGUGGAGGACUUUGAUGAUACAGUACACUCAUGACAUAUUUGUGAAUACUAAUGUGAAAAUGCGGAAGCACAUUCUGUCUUUUUAUUAUUAUACAUACAAAAACUCCUGAUUUCUUGUCAUGAUGCCAGCUGAUGUUUUACAGUGAUUUAAAGAGGUGAGAAGAUAACAACUUUUUUGUAAGAUUCUGUAUUUUUAAAAAUACUUGGCUGUUUUAUACAAACACUUUUUGUUGGAGAGUCGGGGUUGACUUUGGGAAUUUUCAGACCCUUUCGUCUCUUUGGACAUUUGGAUAAUUUGUUUGUACUUGUGGUUUGAGCCUCACAUAUUCUGUCUGUAUUAUUUCCUCUUAAAAGUAUUUAUUUUAAGGAGCCGUCGUAUGAGUUUGAACCGAUGGCACAAACGUUUUAAUAUGUUGAUCGAUGAGUGUCAAUUUCUUAGUUGAAAUAAAAUAUCAUAUAUUACA